CUGUCACUGAUUUCUCGACAUUGGUUGAGCUCGUGUAUACUAUUGCAUACUUCGAUUUCUUCAGCACAUCGGUAACUCGUACCGUCAAACGUUAACGGCCCGCCACUUGCUAGAAUGACACGAGAACGGUCUUGAAAAGGCAGAAAGGAAGUCCUUCGAAAUCUCCGGGUCGUAUGGCUAUCAGCUGACCCUGUUCUGCUCGCUUUCGUGCUCUCAUGAAGCUGGUAUUGUACAGCUGGCUCAUAAAUCUGUCUGCUGCUCUCGAUCCCCUCCAAUAUGUGAACCUGUUUAUCGGCACAAUCAAUGGAGGACACACUUUUCCUGGCGCGACGAUUCCGCAUGGUAUGGUCAAAGUGGGGAUGGACACCGAUUCUCCUGGAAACUCCGGGACAGGAGGAGUAUGUGCUAUCGGUUUCUUGUCACAAGUUCCUUUAUCGAACUUCAAGCUUUUUCCUAUUCACAAUUGUUCGGCGUUUGAGCAAUGCCUCACUACGAUCGACUCGAGGAAAAUUUUGCGUCACAUACUACCUGAUGGUUCAGUGGAUGACUAUGCCUCACCCGGCUAUUUUUCUACCAACCUCUCUAAUUCAAUCAGAGUUGAACUUACAUCUACACGACGAACAGCUUUACAUCGGUACACUUUCCCUGAAGAAUCUACGACACCUAGGAUUCUGCUGGAUGUUACGAACGACGGUCAGAUUAGUGCAAAUGGCAUAACCAUGCUCAUCGACGCGGAGACGGGUCGCAUGACAGCCAGCGGAAGCUUCGCCGACUCGUUUGGAAUAGACCGCUACAAAGCAUAUGCAUGCGUCGAUUUCAAAGGAGACUUCAGCGGACCACAUGGUGGUUUAGUCGGGUUUCCCGGUUCGGGAGUGGGACCUACUACCAUCCUAGCACGGGUGGGUAUCUCGUUGCUCUCUGUGGAACAGGCAUGCGCGAAUGCAGAGGGAGAAAUACCGGAUUGGGAUUUUGAGAGGGUCGUUCAAGACAGCGAAGCGCAAUGGAGAGACAUUCUGGGACGAGUGCAGGUUGAUACUGAACGCGUGGGUGAAAAUACGACGACCCUGCUAUACUCUUCCCUUUACAGGACUCAUAUCACUCCCGCGGAUCUGACAGGCGAAAAUCCCGGAUGGUCAUCUACCGAGCCUUAUUACGACUCAUUUUAUUGUAACUGGGACACCUAUCGAACUCUAUUUCCUCUCAUGUCGCUUCACGACCCCGAAAGGUUUUCAGAUAUCGUUCGGGGAAUGAUCGAUAUUCAGAAGAACGAGGGUUGGCUCCCUGAGUGUCGUGAGAUGGGAACCAAGCAGUUCAUCCAAGGCGGGAGUCAUGGUGAUCCCAUCUUAGCAGAAUUCUUCAUCAAAUAUCAGAAUCACACCUCCGCGCUAGGCGUUUCCGACCAAGAUCUCUAUACCGCACUUCUCGCAGAUGCGGAGAAUACCCCUCCCAAUUGGAACAUCCAAGGUCGCCAAGCCGACGUAUGGAAAGAGUUCGGCGCGAACACAAAACAAGUUUCUCGGGCUAUAGAGUAUGCUUUCGACGAUUUCGCCAUCUCGCAGGUCGCGAAGGGUCUGAAGAAGACGGAGGAUGCUGCCAAGUAUACAUCCCGGGCGGGAAACUUCGUCAAUUCGUGGAAUGGGAGCAUCAUUGUUCCGGAUAUCGCAGAGGACAUUUCUGGAUUCUUUCAGCCCCGCUUCGCCAAUGGAACGUGGAACUACACUGAUCCUCGACACUGCAGCAUUCAUGAUCCAACUGGAUCAACAUGCUUUCUGAACGCCAUCCGUCGCGACGGGUUCUACGAGACCUCUCCUAUAGUCUAUUCUCAGUACGCCCCGCACGACACAGCCAAGCUCAUUGAGCUGCAAGGCGGUCGGCAGAAGUUCAUCGAACGACUUGAUUGGAUAUUUGAUAACGGUUACUUCGAUUCGACAAACGAACCUUCACAACAGAUUCCAUAUAUGUAUCACUAUGCCGACAAGCCAGGAUAUAGUGCGCGUCGCGUAAGAGAGACAAUCGAUAAAUACUUCAACACAUCCCGGAAUGGUCUACCUGGGAAUGAUGGGGCUAUGGGUAGCUACGUCUUCUUUUACCUCGCUGGGAUGUACCCAUUGCCAGCUACGAAACAGUAUCUCCUCUCUUCGCCGUAUUUCCCCUCUAUAUCAUUUCAUAAUCCCUUCUUAAACUCUACGACCACCAUCGUGAGCAAGGGUUUCGGUAGUGGCAUCUAUGUCAAGAGCGUAACCGUCAACGGCAAGCCGUACAAAUCAACCUGUUUUCUGGACUGGGACGUAUUUACGACGACGUCGACAGUGGUUUUGGAGCUCACAGACGAUUUAGAGGUGAGCUGCGGCGGGGAAUUACCGCCGUCUUUAUCUUCAGGGGGAUACGAUUAGCUAGCGGUUUUACAUGUUGACGUGCUACGAAAUAUGAUUUGUUCUUUCAAGC